AUUUACUAUAUUUUACUAUUCAUUAAUUAUUUGGUUAUGGGCGUUAUGGCUAUAUAGUACUAUAUGGUAGUAAUUUAAUAAUAACAUUUAGACGUAUAGAGUUUACGUUUACUGUUUAGUACGGUAGUAACCGUCGAGCCCAGUGGUUUGGUGUCGCGGGCUUCAAGUUUUGUGUGUUAUAUACUUAUAUCCCAACUCUCAAUAUUCGGGAUAAGUACUGAAAAUAGACGUGUGUGAUCGAUUAUUAUAUUAUGUGACGGAUGAUCUGAAAUGUACCAAAUACAGCGAAAUUAAACCGCGGUUAGACCUUGAAACGGUUGUGUGCGUAUUAUUGUUAUCAUUGUACAAAUAAUUCGAUUAAACCCAUCACAAAUAAAAACUACAAAUUUACUCGGUCGUGCCAUACAUAAUAUAGUUUAAGCAAAUCUUUGGAUAUUUAUGGGAUGUAAUUCAAGCAAAAGUACGUCUAAAACUGUACACAAAAAAAAAAUACUACCCAUCAUGAGCUUCCACCAGCCGUCCAGCAAUGCUAAUCAUUACCCCAAAAAACAGAUACCAGCAACUAAAGGAUUAGCAUCAUCUUUUGGGUUCAAAAAAACAGCCCAAACCAAUAAAAUUAGACCAAUAUCUGCUCCUAUACAAUCUGUUGAAAAGCCAAACAAUUUUGAAUCUAAAAUGUUACCCAAACCAAUGUCAACACCUACAGAAAAGUGUUCAAGAAGUAUAGCUAAAAGUAAUACACCUUCUCCCAACAGGUUUGGAUUCUGUAAACCAGCAACAAAACUUGUUCAACCCACAACAUUAGUAACAACAAAAAAAGUAGAAGUGGAAAGAAGAAGUCAAUCAGAACCACAAAAAAGGGAAAUUCCUAAGCUUUUAUCAAGUGGUACAAAAAUUGCUGUAUCCAGAGUUACCUCUAGUCAUUUACCUAGACCUCAAAUACCAAUCAGGUAUCAAGUGUCCAAAAGUCCCAAUAAAAGUGCUAAAACGGCUACUAACAUGAGAUUAAAGAAUGAAGCAAUUAAACAAAUGCAGCAAGGAGUGACCAUUCGAAAGUUAACAGACUCUGUUGAAUUUACUGAAGUAAUUGCUUUUAAUAGACCGUCAAGGCUUACAAUAAAUUCAAAUGCUAAAGGUUCUUUAAUUAGAGAACGGGCUAACAAGUAUUUAAGACAAGUAUCAAGUUCAUCUUCAAAACAUUUGACAUCGUCUGAUGAUGAUUCAGAUUUAAGCAGUUAUGAAGAGAAACACGACAAAGAAGAGUUUGUAAAAGAAAAGACUGAACAAUUUGAUAGAAAAGAUACAUGUAGUGAUGAAGAAUAUGGGCCUGGUGAAGCAUUAGCAGUAGAAGAGUUCACAGAAAUGAAAGAUAAAAUAAAUGUCAUUGAUAAUAAAUUUGCCAAUGUUGAUAUGUCUGUAUCACUACGUGAUGUCUUAUUAAAUAUUGAAGAUACAACAUUUGCUACAUUAGCAGCUAUGUCUUCUACAAUAAGAAUUGAAGAUGAAACAUCACCAGAUGAUGAAUGUUUAAGUCCCACUGAAUCAGAAUCUGCUGAAUUUCCACAUAGUAAGACAGAAUCUACAAAUAAUGAUAAAUGUGACACUAUGUCUCCAAUUUUGCGAUGCAGUAUCUCCAAAUCUGGUUCUUUUUCAUCAGACACUAGAGAUUUUUUUGACGAUGAAAUAGCUGAUCAACCUGCACUUAUGUUUAGUGGGCCUCCAUCAGAGUCUUGUAAUGCAGAAGAUAUUGAUGAUGUUAUGUUUCAACAUGGAAACCAUUCCAGUUGUAACAAAAAAUCCAAAUCUUUGAGAAGAUCACUAAGUGUUGAUGGGUCCUUAAGUGAGAGCCUCAACUCUGAUGACCUGAUGCUUGAUGUUGACUAUGAUCAAGUGGAUGAUAAACUGGUCAAUCCUGAUAAUGAAGACCUAUUGAAAACACUGGAGAAAACCAAACAAAACGCAUUUAAUGAAUGGAAAUCUUUGACAUCUCCGAGAAACAGUAGUAGCUCACUCAAAGACGAUGUAGUUCCAGUCAAAGAUGAUACAGAUUCCAAAGGCAGCAAUGGGGAUGUGUUAAUGAGUUUCGAUCGAUUUCGAGAAGUAACGGACGACAUAGCGAGUAUCAAGAACAUGCUAUUCGAACUAAACCGUGCCCUAAUAGAGGACAAACAAGAUAUAACAUACCCAGAAGAACAGGAAAUUCAUUGCUGUUACGAGAAUCAAAUCUUGGAUUUGAAACAACAGAUAGCUUAUAUGGCACAACAAAUGGAACAGAAGGACCGUACUAUUCAAAUGCUCAACGAACAGAUAGCUCAACGACCACGGCCAUCAACAACAACAAUAGAAAUGAGAAAUGCUGCCACUCAAACAGACAGAUGUCGAUCGAUCACAGCUCCAACAUUAUGCACAUUCGAUAGAGAGGGACAGGCAAAUGGUCAUCCUGUAAUAAGGUGCAGUGACAUGACAGAGAGAUCCAAAUCUGUAUCUGGUAACCGUAUACGUAUCGGCAUGCUAAAGCACAAAUUUCUCAUGGAUGCAGGACGAACGUUACCAAAUGUUUGAUUCCUUUCAUAUGUUAUCUGACCAGUAUUAACAAAAACAUUCCAUUUUUAAGAUUCCAUUAAUAGUUAAAUUUAAAAUAAAAAUUUAAAUUACCAUUUAUU